CAACCCUGACGAGGCUGUUGCCUAUGGAGCAGCUCUACAGGCUGCUUUGCUUACUAAAGGAAACAUGUUUGUCCCCAACUUAGUGCUGUUAGAUGUUACGCCGUUGUCACUUGGUAUAUCUGUAAACGGAGAUCUCAUGAAUGUCGUGAUUCCUAGGAACACCACCAUUCCUGUUGUAAAAAAGCAAGGAUAUAAAAGAGCCGAAGAUUUCCCAUCUGCUGUGUCUAUUCAGGUAUACGAGGGUGAAAGGACAAGAGCAAGAGAUAACAAUUUGCUUGGUUUGUUUAAUCUUUAUGGCAAUUCUUAUGCUCGUCGAGGCCAUAGUUUAACCGUAUGUUUCAGUAUAGAUGCAGAUGGUAUCCUAACUGUAAUAGCUGAGGAAGAAAGCAGUGGAAGUAAGAAUGGGAUUACCGUAACCAACGACAAGGGAAAACUAUCAACUCAAGAAAUUAUGAGAAUGAUUCAAGAAGCCGAGAAGUACAAGGCUGAAGACCAGAAAUACGAAAAGAAAGUUAAGGCAAUUAAUGCUUUGGAUGACUUUGUUUACAAGAUAAGGAAUGCUAUAGAUGAUGUAGAUAAUCCACAGAAGAUAACGAAGAUCAACAUGGCUAUUGCAGAGGCCGAGAAAUUGCUUGAUGCUAGGGAGCAGACAGAAACAGAGGUUUUUGUGGAUCAUCUGCACAGGGUGAAGAGCCUCAUUGAAUCCGUCAUGAAGAUUAAGUUUUAAGUUUAUGUUGGUGAAAAAGGUAAAACUUUAUGAACCAUCUAAACAAUAUGUUUCAGUUUCAAUCAUUAAUCAUUUGUUAGAAUA